CUGGAGCUCGCGCACGCUGUAACGGGACUACUUCAGGAAAGAGCAGGGAAGUUUGUAUGGAUAUGAGGUUUUUUUCCCCUUGUGGAUAAACAGAGCUGCUAAAGGAGAACAACGUUUAGCAAACAGAAGGAGAGGCUUUUAAAGAUAUGUUCUAGGUUAAUUUAUCAUGAGUGGACAUAGAGUUUGACUUGCCAAACAAAUCAAAAUGCGAAGCGUACGCUGAGGAGGAGCUCAACGAAGACCGCCAAUGUUCACCUUUUCCUAGGCACUUUACAACAAGUUCUUUAAAUAUUUUUUUCGCUACUUGUUUCAGUAAAAACAACAACGGCGACAGCAUGGCAGAGCACGAAAGCUUGGAGUUUGGGAAGGCAGACUUUGUGCUUUUAGACAACGUGUCGAUGGAGGAAUUCAUGGGCAACUUAAAACUCAGGUUUGAGAAGGGGAGGAUCUACACCUACAUUGGUGAGGUGGUGGUGUCGGUGAACCCAUACCGUGCCAUGAACAUCUACAGCCGGGACACUGUAGAGCAGUACAAAGGUCGUGAACUAUACGAGAGGCCGCCACACCUCUUUGCCAUCGCUGAUGCUGCUUACAAAGCCAUGAAGAGAAGGAACAAAGACACUUGUAUUGUUAUCUCAGGGGAAAGUGGUGCAGGAAAAACCGAGGCCAGCAAGUACAUAAUGCAAUACAUAGCUGCUAUUACCAACCCUAAUCAGAGGGCGGAAGUUGAAAGAGUAAAAAAUAUGCUGCUGAAAUCCAACUGUGUCCUGGAGGCCUUUGGAAACGCCAAAACCAACCGCAAUGACAACUCCAGCCGCUUUGGCAAAUACAUGGACAUCAACUUUGACUUCAAAGGAGAUCCCAUUGGGGGCCACAUCAACAACUACCUACUGGAGAAGUCCAGGGUAAUUUUCCAGCAGGAAGGCGAGAGGAGUUUCCACUCGUUCUACCAGCUGUUGAAAGGAGGUCCGGAUUCCCUCUUACGCUCUCUUCACAUUCAAAAAGACCCAACGGCCUACAACUACAUCAAAGUUGGAGGCCAGAUUAAGUCUGGCAUCAAUGACAGCGCUGAUUUCAAAGCUGUAGCCGAUGCCAUGAAAGUAAUUGGGUUCACAGUCGACGAGAUUCAGACUGUUUACAAGAUCCUGGCCACCAUUCUUCAUCUGGGAAACCUGACCUUUGGAGUGGAUGGUGAUGUUACCCUGAUAGAGAACACAAAGCUUGUCUCUGUCAUUAAGGACCUCCUUUCCACCAAGGAGGAAAAUGUGCAGAAGGCGAUGCUGUAUCGCACAGUGGCAACUGGUCGAGACGUCAUUGAAAAACAGCACACCACACAGGAGGCCAGUUAUGGGCGAGACGCUCUUGCAAAGGCAAUGUACGAGCGUCUGUUCUGCUGGAUCGUUGGGCGCAUCAAUGACAUUAUUGAGGUGAAAAAUUAUGAUGCCAGAGUCCAUGGAAAGAACACGGUCAUCGGAGUGUUAGACAUCUAUGGGUUUGAAAUUUUCCAGAACAACAGUUUUGAGCAGUUUUGCAUCAACUACUGUAAUGAAAAACUGCAGCAACUCUUCAUUCAGCUGGUUCUGAAGCAGGAGCAGGAGGAGUAUCAGAGAGAAGGCAUCCCCUGGAAACAUAUUGAUUACUUCAACAACCAGAUUAUUGUUGACCUGGUGGAGCAGCAGCAUAAAGGCAUCUUCUCUGUUCUGGAUGAAGCCUGCAUGAAUGUGGGCAAAGUCACGGACGAGGUCUUCCUGCAGGGACUGAACGUCAAGCUGGCCAAGCACGCCCACUUCACAAGCCGCAAGCUCUCACCAACUGAUAAGAGUCUGGAGUUCGACAGAGACUUUCGCAUCAGGCACUAUGCAGGGGACGUGGCGUACUCUGUGGUGGGCUUUAUUGAUAAGAACAAAGACACCCUGUUCCAAGACUUCAAGAGGCUUUUGUACAACAGUUCCAAUCCAGUACUGAAGGGGAUGUGGCCUGAGGGCAAACUGAGAAUUACAGAGGUCACCAAACGGCCACUGACAGCAGCAACAAUCUUCAAAAACUCCAUGAUUUCUUUGGUGGAGAACCUUGCCAGCAAGGAACCCUACUACGUCCGCUGCAUCAAGCCCAAUGACGUCAAAUCUCCUCUUCUGUUUGAGCCCGAACGCUGCCGCCACCAGGUGGAGUAUCUCGGCCUGUUGGAGAACGUCAGAGUGCGUCGGGCCGGCUUCGCCUACAGACAGAUAUAUCAGCGGUUUCUGCAGAGAUACAAGAUGAUCUCAGAGUUUACAUGGCCCAACCAUGACCUGCCAUCAGACAAAGAUGCCGUUAAGAAGCUUCUGCAGGGCUGCAAGUUUGACCACGACGUGGCUUACGGCAAAACAAAGGUCUUCAUCCGCACUCCUCGUACUCUCUUCAGCCUGGAGGAGCAGCGAUCUGAAAUGGUCCAAAGAAUUGUCAUCUUCCUCCAGAAGGUUUGGCGGGGCACUCUCGCCAGAAUGCGAUACCGGCGGAUGCGCGCUGCCCUCAUAAUCCUGCGGGCCUACCGACGCUACAAGGUCAAGUCCUACAUCCGCGAGGUCAACCGUCGCUUCAAAAAUGUUCGCUCCAUGAAAGACCACGGCAGACAUGUGAAGUGGCCGACACCUCCUAAAGUCCUUCGCAAGUUUGAAGAGGCAAUGAAGAGCAUCUAUAACAGGUGGUGGGCAUGGACACUGAUCAAAGGCCUUUCUCCAGAGGAGACUCUGCAGGUCAGGGCCAAGGUAGCCAGCCUGGAGGCUCUGAAGGGCCAGAGGGCCGACUUGGGUUUGCAACGACCUUGGGAGGGAAACUAUGUGAAACGUGACAACCCUGACACCGCUUCGUCAUUCACUCUUGUUUCCAGCGAGCUGCAGCGGAAAGACAAGUUCAUGAGAGUUUUGUUCUCCUGCAACGUGAGAAAGAUCAACCGUUUUCACAAGGCGGAGGACCGGGCUCUGCUCAUCUCUGACCGACACCUGUAUAAAAUGGACCCCCUGAAGCAGUACAAACCCAUGAAGAGCAUCCCCCUCUACAAUGUGACAGGACUGAGCGUGUCCCCUGGGAAGGAUCAGCUGGUUGUUUUUCACACCAAGGACAGUCGGGAUCUCGUGGUGUGCCUGCAGCGCAUGGUGCCUGCCAAUGAGAGCCGCAUCGGGGAGCUGGUUGGCACCCUGCUCAGUCAUUUCAAGAGUGAGAAGAGGAAGCUGCAGGUGAACAUUACAAGCCCCAUCCAGUGCAGCAUGAACGGACGAAAGUGCACGGUCGUCGUCGAGCCAAAGAUCAACCAGUCACAUCCUGACUUCACCAAGAGCCGAGCUGGCUACAUCCUGGCUGUUCCUGGCAACUAAAACGGGCCAAAAGAAGAAAAGCGCAAUAGCUGAUUUUUAAACCAUUCCGAGAUUAUAAUGAAGAUUGUUUUGAUUUGCAGAGCUGCUGUUGAUGUGGCGAGUAGCUCUACAUAUGGAUUGAUUCUUUAAGCUAAGCCAAAUUUGUCCUAGUUUUGUUAGUUGUAUCAUUAAAGACGGUGAUAUCGGCUAAAAGGAUAUGAACUUAUUACUUACCAAAGGGGAACUGUUGCUUUGGUUAAAAUCUGUAUUUAAGUUGAUUUGCUUUGUGCAAUAUUUAGUUCGCUGCAUACUGAUUAGUGUUAAUCCAGGUGAGAAUGGAUUAUCUAAAAGCUGUUCUCAGAAACACCGUUGUUGCGUAAUAUCAGCAAAAUCCAAACGUUUCACAGGAAUUUCUAAUCCCUGAAGCUGGGAGCCCUUGAAAAAUGAAGAAUACGGUCGAUUAUGUUUGCUUUCAUGUGUACCAUUUGUGUUUUCAAAAACUAUAAUGCUACCAAAGACCGUUCCUAUCUAAAGGAGAUAAUGAAGAACCUGGAAUGUCUGCUUUCCUUAAUGUUUACAUGUGUAUCAUGAAACUGGGCCAAAGUCUCAGUGACAAAUUAUUUUAGUUGUCAUCACAGGAUGUUUGGUAGAAUGUGUUGAGCACAUUCUUAGCGAAACAAUCCUGCUACAUAAGCAUGUUAAAGCGUUGGCAAAAAAUGAACAGCAAGUAGCAAAUUAAACAAACUCUUUUCAUUUUAUUUCAUAUUGACUGUAGGCGUAAAACUCAAUGCUUUAUCAGAAUUGCUUGCCAGUUCUUCAUAAAGAUGGAGAUCAUGUCUGAGUGAGACUAAAGAUGCAGGUUAUCUUUUCUAACUCCAUUAGUUUGCUCAGAGCUUCACCUAUAGACCACAGAGACGGGGUUGGACACAUUUGGACAGUUCUUUUCAUCAGUCAGCUCUUUGGAGACUUGUCUUUUACUCUUCUCAAAGCGUGGAAACCCAAACAGCUCAAACCACAUGAUUUGUCUUCCACAAGGUGUCAGUUGUGCUACAGUCAUCCCUUAGCUUUUUUUUUGUGCUGGCUAAAUACAGAAUGUGUUUUUCUCUGUUUUGCAAAAGAAUCUGUCAACACUGAAUUUCACCAAACACAAAUUUCAUGUUUUAGAAUGUGGAUUUCAUUGUACGGUAAUAAAUGAAAAAAAAGAUGCAUAUACAAAAUACAAAACCAUUAAAAAUAACGAGAUACACACAGUUUGCACAAAGGCGAUGUCAGUUAAAAGCCCCUGGCCUUUCACACCACAUAUUCAUAGCUCACUCAUUAGCAAUAAUAUUCAAAUCCAUCCUUGGAUUGAACAGACAAAGUAGAGAGUUUGGGUUAAAACUAUUCUAACCCCAUUUUCCCUUUGAGGUGAAAUAUUUAUUUCUGAUCUUUUUAAUGUUUUCCACAGAAAAUUGUUCUUGUAGAUGUUCUGGAGCUUUCACUAAAACAAUUCUUUUCCAUCUUACAUUGUUGCUAACAAGCUAACUGCUAACAUCCUAGCUUACAAACUAACCACUAAGCCAUUAUUAAAUAGUUUGCUGCUGCUGUGCAAGCUAGUUAGAUAACCAUUAAUGAAAUAUAACAAAGAAAUUUUAAAAGGACCAAUCAGAUUGAUUUGAUUUCUGUUUACAUGGCUUCUGGUGUUUAGGAGAGUCUGCUGAUAAUAGGAGUGAGUUAAAUUUGAAAGUAAUAAUGUUUUAUUCAUGCUGUAUUUAUAUUAAACCUUAGAUACUCUUAACUAUAAAAAAUGUUAAAAUUCCUUCAUGUACAGUUGCUUAAUACUUUGACCGUUGUUCUAGUUUUGAUCCUGAAAGUUAUUAGAGAGCUCCAGAACAUUUACAGAAAUGUUCACUUCAUUUGCUGUUUUUUUUGAACAACAGGAAGUAUCUGCCUAAUCUCCAUGUUCUGGUUACAAUUUCCACACAGCUGGUUAUAGGAGGUCUAAAUGUCUUUCUAGAUGUUUUAAUGUGAAUUGCAUAAAUGACAAACUCAAGCAAAAAGACACAAAAGGAUUACACAGCCAAAGCUCCCGUUGUGUUUUCUCUUGACUAAAAGCUUUCUUUAUGCUUCACAACAGGAAGGAGAACUUUAGUGGACUUUUAGGCAAGUACCGCACAGUCGGCCAACUGUGUGGGAUUUAUCCAGGUGUUGUUUCAUUACUUUGACAAUGUUUCCACUUUUUGAAGAGUUAUACAUAUUCCGUUGGUUAAUGAAGCACUUUUAGACGAGAAAAACUGUUGUGAAAAUUGUAGUGAAAAAAUCGAAUCAGGGAAGUGUUAUAGGUUUUAUUAGACAGUCUACAAAGGAGUAGUUUCUGUGCAUGAGUGUGUGUGUGAACUGUAACAGUGCAGCUCUGCAUAUCCUCCGGCGUGGUAAUUUCCCACUGGAUUUUCCUCUUUUCCCACCUCUCUGCUUGGCUCUUCACCGCUCAUCAUUAGGAUGGACUUUGUGUCAUUUCUUACUUCAGCACUUCUCUCCAGGCCAGACAAGGGUUGGUGAACAAAGCCUCAUUUUUGCUUCCUUCCCUUCUCCUGUCUCCCGCAUUGAAUGUCUCCACUCUACAUCAAAUCACUUGGCUCCUGGACCAGCGUAGCUCACUGUACUGCUGGUCGUUUAAAGAUUUUUUGUUUUGCUUUUUUGUUUUGUUCUUUUAUUUGUUUUACUCCGUUUUCAUGAACUCAAAUGUUUUCAAAUAACAUUUUUAAAAAUACAAGAUUGCAAAGAAGAAUUAUGGAUAUCCCAAAGCAUUUCAUAGAGUACACAGUAUUUCAAAUUUAUUAUCGUACUACCAACAUUAUUUGAUUGUUAUUUUGUUAAAUAUUGCAGAAAGAGUUCGAGACAAAUUUGGUACUUUCCGAAAUAUGGAUAAGACUUCUCAUUAUCUGUUGCAAUGAAGCUAAAAACAAAAAACUGUAAAGCUACGUACAUCAUUAUUUACCACUAAUCAUGUAGCCAUCGUCAUUAAUCUAUGUAUUCACAUAUGGCAUGUUUUUCUGUUAUUAUGCCGCACAAAUGCUCACAAUCUAUCUGGCCACAAAUCUGUUUUAUUAUUUUAUGUAUUUUUGAAAUACGCAGGGAUUUUUGUACAACAAAAGAACUUUACACUACUGUGAAAAGUUCUAAUUCUUAUUUUUUUCCUAUUUUACUUCCCAUGAGAGAGAUUUUGUUGUAAUCUAUCAAAACGAUAUUAUUAAAAAAAAAAAAAAAGGUUCUUGAGGCCUUAAUGUGUUUGCUUUGGAUUUUUUAUGCUUUUUCAUUUAAAAUAUUACAUUUCAGAUGCUCGGCUCAUCACAAAAACAGUUUGUUCCCAUUUCAUUUCAUAAAUCUGUGAAACACAUUUUAAAAAGACAGAAAAUUGUUUUUUUUCCUUGACAUGAUUGUUUCCAAACAACUAUUUGCUGAAAAUUUGAGUUAUAGUUUCCCCAAGUUAUAAAGUUCAAAAUAAACUGUCACAAGCUGUAGGCCGGAGUAGUUUUCUGUUCUGUCCUUAGAGCAAAUGAAUAAAAGCCAAAAGCAGUCGAGUUUUUGCAUCUGCACUUUCUAACUUCUGCUGAUUUGUGGCUAAAUCUGUAAAAGUAACUCCCCAGGAUAUUCUGAUCACUUGUCGUUUCUGAAAAAUACCGUACAUUACAAUGCAUACAUUACUGUUAUUCGAAGGCCGAGGAAAAAUAUGCAGUGUUGGCAGAUUUAUUUUUCUUUGAUUUAUUUUUGGGAUUUUUUCAAAGUAAUUUGACAUUCAGUUAAUAUAGAAAUAUUGUUAAAAACCAUCUUAUUUCUAGUUAUCCCGUUAUGCAUGAGUCUAAAUCUGAAUGACAGCUUUUGUGCCAUUACAUUCUUCCCCUUACUGUGAUCUAUUGUUGUUGUUUUUUUUUGUUUUUUUUAUCCAAUCCAUGUCAGCCAAAUUGCAACUGAUUAUAUCUUCUCUCUGUAAUUUCUGUUGUCAGCGGCUUUAAGUUAAAUCUGUGUGUAUGCACCUUUCCUUCAAUAUGUGCCUAAUUUUAUAUUAAGUUUAUAUUUUGUAAUAUUUCCAUACUAUAUAUAAUGAAAAAAAAUCGCAAGUAAAACUAAAGGGAAAUGCUGUAAUUCUGUGUUGUGCAUAGUGUUUUUGUAUGAUUCAGGUUCAGCUGUUUAUGAUCCAGAAUGAUCAAUAUUGCAUUAAUCAAUUUAUUAAUAAAUGUAUUUGCUUCAA